AUGUCCGAAGAAACCGCCCAAAAGGCACACUAUUCUUCCGUCCUCGGAGCUGAUCCCAUACUAGAUAACUCCUCCGGCGAUGAAAACGAUGAUGAUGACUGCUCGCGUCUGACCUCAGCAAGCGGCUUGACUUCUCUGAGCGCUAGUAUUACCGACUACAGAUACGAGAACGGACGCCGUUAUCAUGCUUAUCAUGAGGGGACAUAUAUAGGGCCGAAUGACGAAGCGGAACAAGACCGCAUGGGCCUAGUGCAUCACAUAUACUCUCUCCUACUAGAAGGGAAGCUCCAUCUCGCACCUCUGGGCAAGAGCCCACGGCAUGUUCUCGAUCUAGGCACUGGAACUGGCCUCUGGGCCAUCGACUUUGCCGAUGAAUAUGGAUCGGCCCGUGUGAUUGGGAAUGACUUGAGCCCCAUCCAACCUAAAUGGGUGCCGCCGAAUUGCCAGUUCGAGAUAGACAACUUUGAGUCAGACUGGGUGUAUAAAACACCAUUCGAUUACAUCCAUGCUCGUGAACUGUCGGGAUGCAUAGGCAACAUCGACAAACUUUUCCAGCAAGCAUUUAACCAUACCAGUUCGGGGGGCUACUUUGAACUCCAAGCUGUCAGCGCCCAUUUCUUAUCGGAUGAUGAUACUGCUGACCAGGCUGGGACUGCCCAAGACUGGAUGAGAAACAUCCGCGAUGCCGGCAGAAAGUUCGGCAAGCCCUUGGAUGAAGUUAAUCAGUGGAAGCAGAAAUUGGAAGAUGUUGGUUUUGUCGAAGUUACAGAAACGAUAUUAAAGGUCCCCAUCGGAACUUGGCCCAAAGACGCGAAAAUGAAAGAAAUCGGGAAAUUCCAGUUUGUCGGGGAAAUGCAAGCCAUUGAGGCUUACACCCCUGCGCUUUACACACGGGUUCUUGGUUGGAGUGAGGAGGAGAUGCAGGCGAUGAUGCAAAAGGUGAAGCAGGAAGUCUCUAAUCGAACAUUGCAUCUUUACCUUCCUUGCCAUGUUGUUUAUGGUCGAAAGCCCUAA